GUUGUCAUGGCAAGUCCUAGCCGUUAAUCAAUAUUUUAUGUUUAUACAUUGAUUGUCCGACAAUGUGCAUUUGCCUUGGUCCAGCACGAUCUGGUAAAACUCUUCUUUUAAAGCAUCUCUGCGGUGAGAUUAUAGACGAAGCCAAUUCAACCGUCCCAACAAAUGGUUUGAAUAUUUAUAAUGUUCGCAAUGCAGAUGGUCGUUUUGAAUUGGUAGUACGAGAAAUUGGUGGUAGUAUGGUAGCUAUUUGGAAGCAUCACUUGGACAGGAUUUACAAAGUCAUGUAUGUAAUAGACACUAGUAACUUAUGUCAAAUAAGUGCUGCUGGAAUUUUACUUUAUUCGCUGCUAGUGGAGCCAAAACUUAAGCGAGCGAAGUUCGCUUUAAUUUUAACAAAGAUGGAUUUAUCUUAUCGGCAAAUGAGAAACGAGGCAUUGUUGAUGCUACAUUUUUCUCGACUUCAAAGGGAAGUCCGACAAGAGAUAACAGUCAUCGAAACCAGUGGAGUUACGGGACAAGGGAUUGACAAACUUAGGGAGUGGAUUUUUAAUCCAAUAACUUUAGCAAAUGCGAGUCCUCGAUAAAUUGAAAGCUUACCAAUAUAAAAUAUUAUUAAUGUUUUUGAUAAUCUCUAUUUCCAUGUAAAUCAUUCAUUUCGUCUAAUAUAUACGCAAUAAAAUUAAAAAAUCUCCUGCUAUGAGAUCUUAUAAUUUACAUUGACCUUUACA